UAGGCUACAUUCCCCUCAGUUCAUGAAAGAGGGAGCUGCCUUCUUCUGCUGCGCUCAGGACAGGGUGGUUCCCCGUGAGACCCGACGGAGCGUUGCAGAACUUCUCAGGGCACAUCAUCAGGGCUGGGGAGCGAAAGAUCGAAAUAUAGAUUGGCAGACUAGACAAAGGGAGACGCACAAGUGGGCGUGUUUUUGUGAUUCGUCCAUCGGACUCUCUCUGGGCUCCAGGACCUGGGAGAGACCCGCUGCAGGACGUGCCACUACAACUCUGGGAGAUCUCUUCAUGUUGCAGCUAAACGUCUGCUAAGUAAACAGGGGGCCCUAUGGAGGGAGGACAGGAGCCACAGGAGUCCCUGAGGGGUCUGAAUGACAGGCUGAGGGGCUUCCUGGAGCACGUGGCUCAGCUGCAGCGAGAGAACCAUGCUCUGCAGGAGAGGCUCGUGGCGUUUGGGCAAAGAAGCGGUCAGCAGGACCGCGAGUGGACUAUGAAGGAGAGGGCAGUGGUGCAGCUACGGGAACAGAUUAGCCGGCUGCUGAUAGAAAAUGCUGAGUUGGCUCUGAACACAGAAAACACCAGAUCCAGAGUGACCUGUCUCCAGAGCAGGUGUGAAGUGGAGAAGACGCUGCGUCUACAUCUGGAGCAAAGGGUCUCUGAUCUGAUGGAGAAAAAGACGGACAUGGACAUGGCUAACAACCUGCUGGAGAAACAGCUACAUACAUUCAGAGAGGAACUGCUGCUUUUGGAGGAGGAGCAAGAGAGGGAGCUGUUUCUGCAGCAGCAGCAGGCUGAUGGUCUGUUAGCAGCACAGGCAGCUGCAGAGGAGGAGGAUGGCAGAGGAAUGGAGCUCCGGCGUCCCCGUCCCAGCCCGCGCCCAGCCCCAGGCCUCAGACCCGCUCCACCCACCCGCAUCAGGAAGGACACGGCGGUCCCCAACGGAGACGCAACACCACAGGUGAGCCAAGGUGACGAGGCCUUGCGGGAGGCCAGGGCGGAGCUCACAGAAGUCCGAAAGCGCUGGCACAGUUUACAGGUGGAGGUAGAGUCUCUACACGCCCUGGAGCGAAGUCUGCAGUGCUCGCUGCGACACACACAGCACCACUACUCACAGCAGCUGCAGGACCUGUCCCACUCAGUGCGGGGUCUGGAGGCGGAGCUAGAGGAUGUCCGGGACGGCCUGGCUGCACAGAGACAACAGCACGGCCAGCUGCUCAACACUAAGAUGAGGCUGGAGAGAGAGAUCGCCACCUACAGGAGGCUGCUGGAACAUGAGGAGGGAAGGUUUUUCAGUGCGGAUGGUCAGCCACGGAGGCUGAAGCCCUGGAGAGGCUCCACACCUCUGCUGCAGCAGAACGGGAUGUGUAACGGUUCUGUGGAAGAUGGUGACCCGCCUGCUCUCAUUGAGAAACCAGCCAAACAGGGCGCGACGUUGCGCCGGCAGGGCAGCCUCGUCAUUCUCACAGAGCCCAUCAGCAGCCGAGAAGGAGAGAUCUGCACAGUGAAGACGCAGGAGAUUUUGGACGGACAAGUGUUGCGGGAGAGUGCUGAGGGACACGGACGAGUUGAAACAGAGAAGAUCGAUAAGGUGAUCAAACAGUGGGAGGGGUCAUUUUUCAAAGGGAACCCGAAGCUGAGGAAGAAGUCGGUAUCUCUCCGCUUCGACCUGCACAUGGCCGUCGCAGAUGAAGGCUGCGCUCAGACCAAACAGGACAGUCUGCCGGACGUGGAGGUUCGCCUGGUCAUGAAGCGCUCCCGCAGCAUCCCCACCAUAACACAGUGACCUCACAACCAAGGACUACUGUUGCCUUGUCAACAACGCCAUAUUCACAUCUUCGUCACAGGAUUUUCUGGACGUGAUGACAUCACUGUGGUUACAUCGUAGACUCUCGGCUGAGGAAAACAAGUCUUUAAAAUAGAUUCAAAUAUAUAUUUAUCAACUGCAGAAUUUCCCAGAUUUGCACUUUGUAAACUUUCGCACCACAUCUCACUGGUAAAAUAUUACAACCAUUUUUUGCUCUUAAACUUAUUCCAACUUAAAUUCCAAUUAAAAUCUUCUUAGGUCAUGAAAUCAUGGGCCAGUCCAAGCACGGUCUACCGUUAGUUCAGCUAAAGUAUCCAAAAUUAGAAGUGGGAUUCACAAAAGUGUCUUAAGAAAGAUUUUGUUCUUAGCUUCAUACUUCAGAAAAAAUAAAUUACAUCAUUAUUCAGCAAAAAACAAACAGUUAGGGGUCAGAUGUUUAGGCCCUAAAAUAGUCAGUUUUAAUAGUUAAAUUACAGAAUAUUUCAAUAUUAAUAUAUACGAAAAAUGGAGAUAUUUAUUAUAGUUGUUAAAGUACUGUUAGUUUUUACACAUAAUAUCUUUAAGUACAUUUUAAGAAAGUAUUUAAGCUUUGUAUAAAACAUUAGGUCUUUUUCACCAAUUGUUCUUAAUAAAAUGAAUGGUUCUUAAACCUUUGGGAAAACUGCUUAGGUGAGUUUUAAGAGGAAAUUUAUUUUUCUUAAUACCCACUUAAGAAACGUUCAUAAAGGUUUUGUCACAAAUGAAUAAUUUCUUAUUUGGAACUUUAGUUCAGUUUGUUCAGAGGACAAUGUUUGAACUCAUAGAAUUCAUAGAAAGAUUUUGGUAAAUGAGGCUCAAUGUAAUGAUCUUAUUAUUUAUAUUCUACUUCUUUAUAUUUAGAUUUUUUUUUCUUAGGAAAGCUUUUGUGAAUCUGGCCUCUGAAUGGGCAUGUAAUUUAUAAUCUACUAGACACAGCAAACUUUAAUUUUAGAUUUAAGUUUGAGAGCAUUUGGGGUUUAGCAUAAAACACAGCAUUUUGGUGUUAAAGAACCACAGUUGAUACAUUGGUCAGAUUAUUAUAAAAUGUAUCAUUUUAUUAUAAAUUAGAACGCCACAGUCAAACUAAAGGUGACAUUAACAUUAUUGUAUAAGUAAUAAAAACACCUUCCAUCUGAAAAAAAAGAAAUGGAAUUUUACAACUUAGUAAGUGUUUCUCAGAAGUGUUUCUGAGAAAAACCGCAAGCAAGGAAAAAGACUGCAAAUGGAAUCAAAAUUGUGAUUAAAUAGCAGGCUUGGCGACUAUGACUGUCAUUUAGCUAUCAGCUGCCUUUAGGUUUACUGGAUAGCGAUGCUACUAAAAAUUAAUAAGCAGAAAUAUCAGUUUAUAAAAGCUUAUAACAUAUUGCACACAGCUACAGUUUCAUUUUGCCUUCAUAAGAGUAGCAUUUAAAUCUCUGUAUAUCUUAUUACCGACUGAAGUUUUAUGGAGCUGACAUCUAGGCCAUGUUCACAGUUUAGCAUCUGUCAAAAUCUAAACUCUCAUUAUUAUACCAGACAGACAAACCCUGAUAGACACCAGUGUAUGACACAGUGUGCAUAAGGCGCUACUAGGCUAAUCAGUGGCACCUUUAACACCAGCUGCAUAUUUACACUGAUAAAAUGUCCAUUAAUGUGCGAAAAUGUACCCAGAUCUGUGUGGUUGUUAUAGAAACAGUACAAACUUGAAAUUUGUGUCCAUACUCAUAGGACAAAAAACAGCUAAAUAUGUGAACUUGUUAGCAUUAGGCUAGCACAAACCUUGGUAAAAUGUAAAACUUCUGAGGUAAAAUCGUUGAAAGCCAGCUAACAGCUAGCUUAAUCAGAUUAUUUCUAACUACAAAGCAAUGUUAAAUCCAUUAAUUCAAUUAAGUUCUUUUUUCACCACAUUUUAUUUACACUAUUAUAACAUACAAAUAGCAUUACUGUGCUUUUAACCCCAUACAUAUUCUUUGUCAUAUUCUAUAUAUUUUUUUUUGACAGAUGUUAUUAUGUCUUCAUGAACAC